CAAACACAAGAAGAAGAGAAAGGAGCCUCAGUAGCGCGCGCUGCACGUGUCAGAGAGCUGAAGAUGGACCUCGGUGUUCUGGAGAGUUUGAUAUUAAACCUGUAUGAUGUCCAGGCGGUCCGCUUCGGAACCUUCAAGCUGAAGAGUGGACUCGACUCCCCGAUUUACUUCGACCUGCGCGUGAUCGUGUCUUAUCCAGAUUUAAUGAAGCAGGUUUCAGAGCUGCUCCAUCUGUGUGCUGAAGAAGCCCGAGUGAAGUUCGACUGUGUGUGUGGCGUCCCGUACACGGCGCUGCCUUUAGCCACCAUCAUCUGCUCCACCCACCACUACCCCAUGCUGAUCCGCCGCAAAGAGGCCAAGGACUACGGAACGAAGCGUCUGAUCGAGGGCAGGGUGUGUGCGGGUGAAGUCUGCCUGAUCGUGGAGGAUGUGGUGACCAGCGGCGGCAGCGUCCUGGAGACUGCGCAGGACCUCCAGGCUCAGGGGUUAAAGGUCAAGGACGCGGUGGUGCUGUUGGACCGUGAGCAGGGUGGAACAGAGCGACUGUCCAGUGAGGAGAUCUCUCUCCACUCUGUCAUCUCUGUCUCUCUUCUUCUGGACGUUCUCUUCCGAUCGGGACGAAUCGACCAGCAGACCUUCAGUGGCGUGGAGAAGUUCAUCAAGGAGAACCAGACGUUCUCGCGGGUGGAGGUGGAGGAGAAGGAGAACGGUAAAGAGGAGGAGAAGAACAGGAGCAGAGAGAUGAGUUACGGCGCUCGGGCCGCUCUCCCCUCCACUCACCCCGUUGCCAAGCGUCUGUUCACUGUGAUGGAGGAGAAAUGCACCAACCUCUGUGUCUCAGUGGACGUCACACACACGCAGGAGCUGCUGGAGCUGGCCGAGACACUGGGGCCACUCAUCUGUGUGAUGAAGACACACGUGGACAUUCUACAGGACUUCAGCAUGGACGCCAUCAACAAGCUGAAGGAACUGAGCAACAAACACAACUUCCUCAUCUUCGAGGACAGGAAGUUCGCCGACAUCGGGAACACCGUCAAACACCAGUAUGAAGGUGGUGUGUAUCGUAUCUCCUUGUGGUCACACAUCAUUAACGCUCACUCCGUGUCCGGCCCGGGCGUGGUCACAGGGCUGAAGGCUGUGGGGCAGAGUCUCGGUCACGGCUGUUUACUCAUCGCCCAGAUGAGCUCACAGGGAGCGCUGACAACCGAACAGUACACACACGCUACGGUAAAGAUGGCGAAUGAUCACCCGGACUUUGUGUUUGGGUUCAUCAGCGGGUCAAAGGUCAGCUCUAAACCGGAGCAUGUGCACAUGACCCCGGGGGUGCAGCUACAGAGAGGAGGAGACGAGCUCGGGCAGCAGUACACCAACCCGGAGCAGGUGAUUCGCUCGAAUCGCUCUGACAUCAUCAUCGUGGGACGAGGAAUUCUGUCGGCGUCGAACAGGAGGAACGAAGCGGAGAAGUACAGGAAGGCAGGAUGGGAUGCGUAUCUCAGGAGAGUCUCCUUAAUCUGAUCUCUUCAGAUACAGAACUUAAUCCUGAUCCAAAUUCUAAUUCUGAUCACAUUCCUGCUUAAUCCGCAUCCCAAUAGUGGGAGGUGCUGAGCAUGAUCCACCUGAGAGAAGUGGGAGUGUUUAUUCAUCUAAACCCUCGUCAUGGUGCUGAAUGUGAACCUCUGUCAUCAAUCUUCAUCAAUAAAAUACAAAAAAUAAAUCUUUAUCAAUAAAAAAUAAAUCUUA